UGUUUUUUAUGAUGAGUACCAAAUGUCAUUUGUCAAGUGAAAUUGUCUUGUUAAAGUAGCUAGUAUAGUACAGUAGUGGCAGGGCUAAGUAACUAUCAGCCUAGCAAGCUAGGUAUUUAGCUACUUCACUGAUUAGGGCUAGAUAGCUUGCAGGCUAGUAACAAAUCCCGAUGGUGGUUGACUUCCCUGCUCUUCUUGCCCUGGCUAACGUCAGCUAGCUAGCUAGUUUAAGGUGGAGCUAGCAAGCCACCGACUGUAGUUAUCUUGCUAGCGUGGUGUUAAAAAGCUAGCUAGCUAGUCUAGUAUGCUAACUACAUUUAUGUUCGUUCUCCACACAUCGCUAGCGAGCUAGCUAACUUGACUAGGGUAUAUAACUUUAACGAUGUGCUGUCUGGCAGUGUUUAAUAAUGUUAGCCAUUGCCGUCGUCAGAAAAUGUUGUGACAGUAUUCAGAAGACGGAGGAUAUAUAUGAGACUGGUCUUUGUUCUGUCUGGUACUAGAAGUACGGUGCCUGGUAAUUGAGCUACACUAGCGACCAAAGUAGUCUAGCAAACGUUAGCUUGUAUUGCCAGUUUAGUCAGCCAUCUGGCUGUAUGAGCAUCGAUUGCAUUGUCUUGAAAAUGGAAGAGGAUAGAAAACUAGCUAGCAUGCUGGCCAAACACUGACAAAGAAGGACAAUACCAAAGAGUGAAACAGUGGAUAUUGCUGGUCGUUAAAUGCUGUUAUGAAGAUCAGUUAGGUUGUAAUGUUGACAGUACAUCAACUGAAUCAAAGCAAAUGAGCUGCUGCUUGGCUCAGGGGGGUGGGUCCUGACGCCACAGGCACAUGUGCAUCUUGAGAGAUGGAUCGCUGUAAGCACGUGGGACGCCUCCGCCUGGGCCAUGACCAUUCAGUCCUGAACCCACAGAAAUGGAGCUGUGUGGACUGCAGCACCACCGAGUCAGUGUGGGCAUGCCUCAAGUGCUCCCAUGUGGCCUGUGGCCGCUUCAUCGAAGAGCACUCGCUCAAACACUUUCAGGAGUCCGGCCACCCGCUGGCCAUGGAGGUGCGUGAGCUGGACGUCUUCUGCUUUGCCUGUGGGGACUACGUGCUCAACGACAAUGCAGAAGGAGACCUUAAACUCCUCCGGGGGGCGCUGUCCACCGUGCGCAGCCCCGGCCGACGCUCUUUGCGCUCCUCGGCGGGCGGGGACUGUACCCCCUGGGUGGGCGAGGGGGGGCCGCAGCUGCAGCCAGCCAUGCAGAUGGCCCUGUGGCACCGCAGGAAGAUGCUCCUGGGGAGCGUGAUGCGGAGGUGGAGGGCGAGGCAGCAGGAGCUGCAGCGCCAGCGGGAGCAGAAGCUGGAGGAGGAGAAGGAGGAGCUGAGACGCCAGAGGAAGGAAGUGAAGAGGAGGCUCCUGGGAGAGCUGGCCAACGUGCCGCCCAGGAAGAGCGCCCGGCUCCUUACCCGGACGCCUCGCUCCACCAUCGCACUCAUUCCCCUCAAGUUCCGGGACCCUCCCGAGCGCUUACCUCCUCUGCCCAAGAAGCCCCCCGCCAUCACGCUGUCUCACAAGCCCUCUCGUAAUGGUAGAACUCCGAAAGUGCGGAGGUUCUACUCCCACACUGCCACACGUCGCAGACUGGCCCCAGGUGUCACCGGUCUGCGUAACCUGGGCAACACGUGCUACAUGAACUCUAUCUUACAGGUGUUGAGCCACCUGCAGAAAUUCAGGGAGUGUUUUCUCACACUGGACGUGUGUGAGACUGAGGAGCUGCUGGCUAAGACCAACAGCUCCCAGGGGAGAAAGGAGGUAGCAAGUGCCGUAGUUGGAGGCGGUAGCGCUGGCCUGCUGGCGCAGGGUUUAGGCUGCCCUCUGGCCAAGACGGGCAGCGGUGGCUCCCCAGAGAGCAGCAAGAAGAUCACCCCUCCCUGCCUGAACGCAGCAGAGCUGGUCCAGCCCAAGGAGCCACGCUCGUCCACCCGCCAGCAGAUGUCCCUCUGCCACGAGCUUCACACGCUCUUCAGGGUCAUGUGGUCGGGCCGCUGGUCGCUGGUGUCGCCCUUCGCCAUGCUGCACUCUGUGUGGAACCUGAUCCCGGCGUUCCGGGGCUAUGAUCAGCAGGACGCCCAGGAGUUCCUGUGCGAGCUGCUGGACAAGGUGCAGCAGGAGCUGGAGUCAGAGGGCACCAAGCGCAGGAUCGUCAUCCCCAUCACCCAGAGGAAGCUCUCCAAGCAGGUGCUCAAGGUCCUCAACACCAUCUUCCAUGGGCAGCUACUCAGUCAGGUGACGUGUCUGUCGUGUAAGCACAAGUCCAACACAGUGGAGCCCUUCUGGGACCUCUCCCUGGAGUUCCCUGAGCGCUACCACAGCAUGCAGAAGGGCUCCAGCUCCAUGGCCUUCCAGCGCAGCUGCUCCCUCACAGAGAUGCUGGCCAAGUUCACUGAGACCGAGGCCCUUGAAGGAAGCAUUUAUGCCUGCAACAACUGCAACAGGAAGAGACGGAAGACGUCCCACAAGCCCCUGGUUUUGUCAGAAGCGUGUAAGCAGCUUCUGAUCUACCGCUUACCUCAGGUUCUACGGCUGCACCUCAAACGCUUCAGAUGGUCAGGUCGGAACCACAGAGAAAAGAUUGGCGUCCACGUGGCCUUCGACCAGGUUCUGAAUAUAGAACCCUACUGCUGCAGUGACUCGGGUCAUACCGUCCAUAGAGAGGGCUACACCUACGACCUGUCUGCUGUGGUCAUGCACCAUGGGAAAGGCUUCGGCUCAGGGCACUACACCGCAUACUGCUACAACACAGAAGGAGGGUUCUGGGUCCACUGUAAUGACUCUGAGAUGAACGUGUGCAACGUGGAGGAGGUGUGCAACACUCAGGCCUACAUUCUGUUCUACACCCAGAGGUCUGCCUAGAGCCUUUCCCUCUGACGCCACCCUGCCUGAACCUCGGGCCCAGACCCAUCUGAUAAACUCAUAUCAUCGGUCCGUCAUUGUCCAGGACCAGAGGACUGCGGGCCACCAGGGGACUCCCUAUGAAACCUGAUGUUCCCUCACACACCACUGUGUGUCCAACCAGGUGUGCGGGUUGAACCACCCAGGUUUAUGUCUGCCAUGUCUGGCUCUCAGCCAGGCACCCCUGUGAAAGCUACUGAACAUUAAUGCCACAUUGGGAGGCAUUGUUGACUCUGAAAUGUGUGGUUGCCAUCAGCGGCCUUAUGUUUUAAAGCCUCAUGGAUGUGUUGUUCUAAAUGAGAAUGACGGUGGAUUACAUGUUUUAUUUUUUAUAGCACCUUUCAUCAGGUCCCAAAGUACUGUAUUGUAUUGGCAUGGACUGACCAUUGACGAGAGCGGGUCAGGAGGAUCUGUGAGCCUGCUGGUUCUGUCACACAUUCAAGAGCCAAUGCUGCUUCCUUUUUGUUGCACAUUUUUUAUGUUGAUGAGAUGUCAACCAAGGGCAUUUUAGACUCCUUCCUAUUAUCAUGUGUAUGUCACUACUCUGACCUCUCUUUACUGCUGUGGAGACCAGGCUUCAUCUUAGACCUGGGCGUCUUCUGCUGGGAUGGAACAUGAUGAAUGAACAGGUAUAUAACGAGUUAACAAGCAGACCUGGGGCGAAAGUCGAUUUGAAAUCCUUUUUGGUUGAAGUGUCAGAACAGAUACAAGCAUUUAAGCACAGAUACCUAAUUGAAAACAAAUAGUAUUCCGCCCAAGGUCUGAUACCAAGUAAGAACUCUGUG